AUUAGCUCUUCCUUCCUCAAGUCAAAUUCCAGCGGAACAGCUCUCGGGUUCCUGCGGGCGCCGUAGUUUCUCCAUGAAUUUCUACUCGGGUGCCGCUCUUUCAGCCUUCGUCCUCCUUUUAUUCCCCUGGAUGCCCGUUUCGGCAAUCCAAGAUAUCGGAAAAUGGCUUCCUUCUUUCCUCGCGUCGAUUUUCUUUUCCUCCUCCUUUUCCUCUUUUUCAUGUCAUCUCACUCUCUGCGCUUCGGAGUCUCUCGAAGAAGGGCUGAGGAGAAGCCCUUCAUCUACGAUCCCUCUCGUGUUACCCAACUCUCUUGGAGUCCGAGGGCGUUUCUUUACAAGGGAUUUCUUACUGAAAAUGAAUGCGACCAUUUGAUUUCUCGGGCGAAGGGUAAACUUGAGAGGUCCAUGGUGGCCAAUAGACAAUCCGGAAAGGCUAUGUUGAAUGAGGCACGAACGAGCUCAGGGUAUUUUUUUGGCAAGCGUCAGGAUGCAGUCAUUAGGAGAAUUGAACGUAGGAUUGCAGAAUGGACAUUUCUUCCUGAAGAAAAUGGUGAGGGCAUUCAUGUUCUUCAUUAUGGGCUUGGACAGAAGUAUGACACACAUCCUGAUUACUUUCAGGACAAAUUCAAUCAAGAAAAUGGUGGAAAUAGGAUGGCGACAGUACUGAUGUAUCUGUCAAAUGUCAGGAAAGGAGGGGAGACAGUCUUCCCUUAUGCUGAGGCAGCAAAUACUCAACCGAAGGAUGAAACUUACUCUGAGUGUGCAAGAAAUGGUUUUGCAGUGAAACCUAAAAAGGGAGAUGCUUUACUCUUUUUUAGCUGCCAUGUCAAUGCUACAACAAAUCCUAGAAGUGUGCAUAGAAGCUGCCCUGUCAUUGAAGGUGAGAAGUGGGCCGCGACAAGAUGGAUUCGUCUAAGAUCCUAUGAAAAUCAGAGGGGAAAUAAUAUUCAGCAGUGACAGAAUGUAAAAAAUUCAGCUUUCGCUUAAUUGAAA